AUGGGUGUCACUGGCCUCUGGACAGUCGUGCAGCCCUGCGCUCGUCCCAUCAAACUCGAAACACUCAACAAGAAACGACUAGCUGUCGACGCGUCGAUCUGGAUCUAUCAAUUCUUAAAAGCAGUGCGAGACAAAGAAGGCAAUGCGCUUCGAAAUUCUCACAUAGUUGGAUUCUUUCGCCGCAUCUGUAAGCUACUGUACUUCGGGAUCCGGCCCGUCUUCGUCUUCGAUGGCGGGGCUCCGGUCAUGAAAAGGCAGACAAUCGCUGGUCGAAAGAAGAAACGCGAGGGUCACAGGGAAGAUGCUGCAAGGACCGCAGGAAAGUUGCUUGCUGUGCAAAUGCAACGCAGUGCGGAGGAGGAGAACGCUCGUCGGCGCAAUAAAUCCCAGAUCCAAGAGGAGGAAGAGGUACCUGAUGCUCCGGUGUAUGCAGAGGAGGCUUUUAUGACGGAGACAGAAAAGCAACAAAGCCGCAAGUUCAAGAAAAAGGACGCGUACCACCUACCUAACCUAGACGUCUCACUUCAGGAUAUGGGAGCACCGAAUGAUCCACGCAUCAUGUCCCAAGAGGAACUGGAGGAGUACGCUAGAACUUUCCACCAAGGGCAAGAUAUUAAUCUUUAUGACUUUUCGAAAAUCGACUUCGACAGCAUGUUUUUUCUCAGUCUGCCCCCCACUGAUCGCUACAACAUCUUGAAUGCAGCGAGGCUAAGAAGUCGACUUCGAAUGGGUUACUCGAAAGAGCAGCUAGAUACCAUGUUUCCUGACCGUAUGGCAUUCUCGAGGUUUCAAAUUGAUCGUGUCGCAGAACGAAAUGACCUUACGCAACGAUUAAUGAAUCUAAACGGUAUGAACGGAGAGGAAGCAUUCUACAAGUCUGGGCAGCGCAUCGCAGGAGAACGUGGCAGGGAGUAUGUUCUUGUCAAGGACCGCGAACAUGAAGGUGGCUGGGUCCUAGGUGUUGUGGGAAACAGGGAAGGCCACGAAGAAAAACCCAUCGAUCUAGAUCGACCCGAAAUAUUUUCUGAUGAGGAUGAGGUAUCUGAUGAAGAUGAGUUUGAGGACGUUCCAAUCGAAGGUUUGAACCGGCUUCCAAAACUCCCUUUCCUUCAAGAGGGUGUAUUCGACCAGUCGCUUCAGCUUGAAACGGACGAAUAUUUAGACAUGGGAACCGCUACACAAGAAUCGCGUCAUCCUGCACAGCGACAGUUGCAGAAUGAACCUCGUGUACAAGAGGUUGAAGAUGACUCGCUUUUUGUUGAAGCCGAGGGAAAUAUAGGUGCACAGCAGCGAAGCAACAACACUGAUGAUUUCUUUGAUGGCGACGAUGAUGACCUCGAACGAGCUAUUGCCCUUUCACUGCAACCAGAUAAAGCCAAUGAAGAAAUUAAGCCCGAUGUUCCCGUUCAUCGACCGGUCGUAUCGGGUCCGUCUUAUGAGAUGUUGCCAGAUCUCGAGUCCGAGAGCGAUGAUGGAAUGGACUUUACAGCUGCCAUAGCAAGAACAAAAGUCGUGAAGAAAGCCUCACAUGCACCGAAUCCAUUCGGUGGUCCUCUCCCUUUUGAAUCCAUCAAACUCACUAAAGUUACGAAAGAUAAUGAUAAAGCUGGCGAGGUUGGCGAAAAUGCAGGGGGUUUUGUGGAGGAGCCUACAAAGAAACCAAAACAGGCGGACCCACUUCCUCCAUGGUUUAUUGGUGAGCGUUCGGAUGCAUCAUUCAUCGUUGAUCCCAUUGAAGACACUGAGAAGGAUGAUGAGCGAACUGCGGCGCCAGAUCAUCUGUUUCUCUCCAAUCGUCGCUCGCUAGACAUAAUUGAUGUUGACGAAUUCUCCUCCACCAAGGAAGUCGUUGAUCUAGAAGAGGAGGAUGAAGAACAGGGAGAAGAGAAACCUAAACAGGAAUUUCAAGUCGAGGACAUUGAAAAGAUUUACAAUGAGCUUUCUACAAAUCUGGAAGAAAAGCCUUUGAGCGAACCAGCUCCAGCUCAGAUCCAUAGAAAUUUUGAUGAAACAGUCCUUGGGGGCCCUGGAACACAAAUUCAGGACCAAGUGCCCACACUUGAUGAGCGGUCUACACGCAGCAAACAUUCUCCUUCGCCUGAAUUUGAAGAUGUUGUCCCCCAGCUAUCCACCCAAGGCCCAGAGAUCACCGUUGUAUCCCAUCAAAAGGCUCAGCCCCAGCCCCAGCCCCAAUUCUUCGAAGAGAUCGACCAACUAGCAGAUUUUGUGCAGGAUCAAGCCGACUACAGUGACCCGGAGGAUGAAGAGCUGUUCAAACAGCUUGCAGCUGAGGGCGAGGAGCAUGUGCGAUUUGCCAAUACUCUUAAUUCUGCUGCUCCUAUCCAGGAAGCCUUUGACUACGAGCAGGAACUGAAGCAACUACGCUCUCAGCAGAGAAAUGAACGUCGCGAUGCAGACGAGGUGACCACCAUCAUGAUAAAUGAGUGCCAACAACUCUUGGCGCUGUUCGGAUUGCCCUACAUCACUGCGCCUAUGGAAGCUGAAGCGCAGUGCGCCAAGUUGGUCUCGCUAGGUCUUGUGGAUGGGAUUGUCACGGAUGACAGUGAUAUCUUCCUCUUCGGGGGAACGCGAGUCUACAAAAACAUGUUCAAUCAAAGCAAAUUCGUCGAGUGCUACUUAACGUCCGACCUGGAGAAAGAGUACGCUCUUCAUCGACAGAAGCUUAUUAGCUUUGCCCAUCUCUUGGGCAGCGAUUACACAGAGGGCAUUCCUGGGAUUGGUCCUGUCACCGCCCUAGAGAUCCUCACCGAAUUUUCCAACCUCGAGGAGUUUCGCAAUUGGUGGACCGAAUUGCAAAUGGGUACGAACAAUGCAGAAGAUGUCCACCUUGCCUUUCGGAAGAAAUUCCGAAAAAAGGCAUCCAAAAUUUUCUUGCCGCCUUCAUUUCCCGAUUCCAAAGUUGACGAGGCAUACCUGGAACCGGCGGUUGACGACGACCCUUCUCCAUUCCAAUGGGGUGUUCCUGAUUUGAAUGGAUUACGAACCUUCCUCAUGACCACAAUCGGAUGGAGCCAAGAGCGGACUGAUGAGGUCUUGGUACCGGUCAUUCGCGACAUGAAUCGGCGAGACCAGGAAGGCACACAGUCCAACAUUACACAAUUCAUGCAAGGUCCACAGGGCGCGGGUGCAUUUGCGCCUCGCGUUCGUACAGGUGGACCCAGCCGCAUGGAAAAGGCAUUUAGUCGACUACGUCGGGAAGCUCAGUCAGGUGGAUCAUCCUCGCUGGAUGACGAGCCAGCCGUCGAGGACAGAGAGGGAGAAGACGCCUCUGUUCCACAAAAGAAGGGCAAAAGAGGUGUCUCAACCACCAAGGCCAAGGCUGGCACGAAUAAGAAGCGAAAGACUCGUCGCACCAACUCUCCGGAAUCAUGA